AUGAGCGAUCAGGCUAUAGCGAGGAUCGCCCAUCUCAUCAAGGUGGAAGACGAUUUGACGAAAAUCGCUUCUUUUCGCCAGCAAUUCGUUAAGGAAAAACAAUCUGUAGAUGUCAAGUUGAGUUCAGCCACAAGCUUACAGAUCGAUUCCAUCAUGGGAAACCUUUCCAAGUUGAAUAGUGCUGCUGUCAAAAUCAAUGCUAUCAAGCUGAACAUCAACAAAGUGAAUCUGAUCUACGAUGACUCCAUCACUAACAUUAAAGAUUACGAUACGAUCCGAAAGAUGACUUCCGUCAACCAGUUCUUGACUCAGGUCAACAGUCUUUGCUACGACAUCCGGCAAUUUCGAGACCACUUGUUGCGACUUGAUAGGCGGAUAGAGGAAGAGCUCGAACAGUUGCAGUCGAGCUUGACUUACACGUUGCCGAAUCUCUUCCUGAUCCAUUACGAGUUGACUCAGGCUCGUAAUUUCCUGGAGUAUUUGGAAGUGUAUUCGCGGGAGUUGUCGGACGACUUCAAAUCCAUCAUAUACAAGAUCAUCGAUCCGAUAAAGCGGACAAUUGGCAACUUCCAAGAGUUAUUGGGUGAGGCUAUUAUCAGUCUUACAGAAGUAGUUAAAGAUGGCAACGUCCAGCUUGUCCACCGCGUCGUAAAAAUCGUAGAAUAUGAGUCGAAUGAAGAUUUGAAGUUUUCUCUUAUGCAGAGUUUAGGCUUGAAUCAGUCUCGAGACGUCAAGACUAUCGACUAUGCCAGUUUUCGGGGCCGUAGAAGAAAUUACAGAAAGUUCUUCUACGACAAGUUGGAAGAAAACCUUUCAGAGACUUUCAACGCCUGUAUCAAUCAUUUUUCCGAGGACAGAAUGCUUGUGUACGAGAAUUUGGAUUGGUUAGAAGACGAAUUGACCUUCAUCACCCAACGUUUGGCUCCUCUCUUUCCAGCCAGCUGGGAAGUAGACACCUUCAUAAAGAACGUGUACUACAACAAGUUGCACAAGUUUACCAUGGAAGUGAUCAACACGGAUCCCCCGGCAGAAGACUUGAUGAAGAUCUUGGCGUACGACUCGCACUAUAGCAGAAGAAAAUCCGUGAUAAAGCAGGACCAACGCUCGAUCAUCGGCGAAGACUUGAAGAACGUUGUGCUUGAAGACUACUUGAAGGUUAUCACGUUGAAGAUGGAGGAGUGGAAUGUAAACUUGAUGAAGCAAGAGACUACUGCAUUCACGUUGAGGGCCACUCCUCCAGAUCUCUAUAACUAUAGCCAGAUCAUCGAAGAUGAAGAUAUCCAAGAUAACAUCAUCACUCUUGAAGUCGACUCAGACAUCUACGUUUUACCUGAUUUCAAGACACCAUUGACUAUGCUCAAAGAACAAGCAGAUGUGGCUGCAGACUCAGGCUAUUCUAAGAUCUUGGUAGGUGUUUUAGAGCAUUGGUCUCACAACUACAUCAAGCGUAUUAUCAACUAUCAACAGAUUAUCGAGGAAGAGUUUGACAAGUACAUGUCAGUCUACAACAACGAGCGGUUCUUGCUCAAGGAAAGUAAAACAGAAAGACUUUUUAGACGUAGAAAGAACGGUGAACAGCAGUUUGACAUUGAGAACAUGACCCAAGAGGAAUUAGAACAAAUCUCCAAGCCCGGGUUGAUUGAGUACUUGACUGCUUUAGGCAACACCUUUGAGAUAAACACUGACAGAUUACAGGAUAAGUUCUUACCAAACUACUUGGAAAAAGUUCACACCAGCUAUCAUGGCAGAAUCAAACAGGCGUUUGAGGAAACUUUGACUCCUAGCACGGAGUUAAAUGCUCAGGUGAUCAGAACCGUAGUGGACAUUAUUGUGAACGAUUUGUACCCUGCAUUGUCUUCUGUGUUCACCAAAGGCUGGUACGAUGAGGGCAAUACCCAGACCAAUGACGAGCCUGGUAUGGUUCAGCGAUGCGUGGAAACAAUAGGCGAGUACAUGGAAGAAUUACGAGGCUACUCUUCCUACGAAAUUUACCUGGUAACUUUCAAUAUCUUGUUGGACACUUUCAUCCAGGCCUAUAUACGGAUCGGAUACGAAAACAUUUUGCAUGGGAGUGGAAAGAAAAUCGAUCCUACUGCUGUGAAGAAAUACAAGUCGUUCAGUGAAGGAAUUGGUCGUGAUGUCACUGUCUUGUAUGGAAGUCUCGAAGGGUUGUUUACCAGAAAAGAUUCUGCUUAUUUGUUAAACAGUUUGCGUGCCAUAGAGUAUUUGGGUGAUUUGGGUACCUGUUCUGAUCCUCUUGAGACUAUUCCUGACAUGUGGGAACACGAGAUAUUAAGCUCGUUCUACUACUGUUCUGUAGAGUAUGUGAGAGGUAUCUGUUUGUGUAGGAAAGACAUGGACAAGAAUGAUGUCCACGCAUUGGUGUUGAAGUUGACAGAUAUCCAGAAGAGAUAUCAAGCUUCUGUUGAUCCUCCAGCUAUGCCAACUGGGACGUUGAACGGUUUCAUAUUUAAGUAG